AUGGCCCAGGACCUUAGUGAAAAGGAGCUGUUGAAGAUGGAGGUGGAGCAGCUGAAAAAGGAAGUGAGGAAUCCCAGAACUCCGAUUUCUAAGACUGGAAAGGAAAUCAAGGAGUAUGUGGAGGCCCAAGCAGGAAACGAUCCUCUUCUCAAAGGCGUCCCAGAGGACAAGAACCCCUUCAAGGAAAAAGGCGGCUGUGUCAUCAGUUGA